CCGAGGGCCCAGAACUGGCUGCACGGGGUGGGGGUUGGGAUUCGCGGACCCGGGCGCCUCUUCUCAUUAGAAAGACUUUCUCUUCCCGGAGCUCUAAAGGCUAGGGGCAGCGACCCUGCUCCGAGCCCGGGUUGCUGGCUCAGGAUCCACCACCAAGCCACCUCUGCAGAAUGGCCUCGGAGUCGUACGCCCAGCCGGGAAGAGCUCUGGGGACUCAUGGGGCAGGGAGCGGGAUUGAGAGGCGGAUAAGUGGGAGUAACAGUAGAGACAGCAGGAUCUGCCCCACGCAGUCCGCGUUUUCGGCUUUCUUUUCCCACUUCUUCCUGCUUCAGUCAUUACCGGCUGUCUGAUUUCCCCUGACCCCAAGUUCUGCCUUAACCAGUGUUGGGUUCCCUUGAGUCUGGAGCGUGACGGUGGAAGGUAAGGGUUCUGGGUGAGCUUGAACUGUUUCUUCCCAUUUUCUAGGCUUCAGUUGUCUCAUCAGCGUGGGAUGGGGGCGGUUCUCUGGUUGAUCUGUGUGGGGUCUCACUGUCAAUAAUUGAGCAUCUCUGGGACACACCUAGGUGUCCUAAUAGAACAGUGGCCAGCUCUGAGAUAGCCUGUGCUCAUUAAGACUCUUGGUUUAGCCUAAGAACCCACGAGUGACUUUGGGCAGUCUCCUCCUUUUUCUGUGCUUUGGUCUCCACGUUGGUAAAAUUGGGCUGCUGUUAUCUGAGUAGAGGCUGCCUCUGACUACUGUAUUUAAGAUUGCACUUUGCUGACUCCCUCUUAUCUUUCUGUGCUUGUUUUACAACUUCAUUGGUUUCUCUUAACCCUACUAGGGAUGAAAGUACCAGUGUGCAGGGAAUUUUGUUUUUCACUGCCGUAUUCCCGGCUCUAGAACAGUGCUUGGAACGUGACAGGUACUCAGUAGGUAAUUGGGGAAUGUUGCCUAGAUAGGAACAGGUGUUGCUUGUGGUGCCUAUGGUUCCUAAGAGAAUAACAGCUGUCUUAUCCCAAGACUGUCUUGCCUCCCUUCCCAGCCUGCAACCCUUCUUCCUUUCUGAUGACAGAAGUCAGGAAAGGUGGGAAGCCCCAGAAGUUUCACAUCUCUGACUGCCUGGGCCUCCUGAGAGGCCAGGAUGGGGAAUUGAGAGGCAAUGAUGUUGACCAGGCCCUCCUUCCUCAGGCACAGUGCCUCACCCAGCCUUCUGUCUCUGCAACAGGGAGAUGACUUCCUUAUCCGCAUUUUGCAGUGAGGAAGAUGAAGCUCAGAGAGGCUGAGCAAUUUGCCCGAGGUCCCGAAGUCAGGCAGAGCCAGAGCUCCAGUGCAGGGUUCCAGGUGUUGAUCCCUGUUCUCUAAGUAUCCCUGCCUUGCUGACUUUUAUCUUUCUCCCUCCCUCUUAUCAUCCCAUGUCUUUAUUUUGUGUCUGUUGGUCACUGGCCCUGGGCUAGGAACUGGGGCUCCAGGGCUUCCCAAAGCUGGGUUCUUGUUAUUUGGAGGCUGUGUCAUUAUCAGGGGAAGUUGCUGUUCAACUCACUUUCUGUUUCAUAUAACACCAAGCUCUGGGUCUCACCUUCUUUCUCUGGGUUACUCCCCUAGCUCCAGAGUCUUGGAUAUGGACCUUCUUCAGUUCCUGGCCUUCCUCUCUGUCCUGCUACUGUCUGGGACAGGAGUCACAGACACCCUGAGGACCUCCCUGGACCCGAGCCUGGAGAUCUACAAGAAGAUGUUUGAGGUGAAGCGGCGGGAGCAGCUGUUGGCGCUGAAAAACCUAGCACAGCUGAAUGAUGUCCACCAGCAGUACAAGAUCCUUGAUGUCAUGCUCAAGGGGCUCUUUAAGGUGCUGGAGGACUCCCGGACAGUGCUCAUUGCUGCAGAUGUGCUCCCAGAUGGGCCCUUCCCCCAGGACGAGAAACUGAAGGAUGCUUUCUCCCAAGUGGUGGAGAACACGGCCUUCUUCGGUGAUGUGGUGCUGCGCUUCCCAAGGAUCGUGCACCACUGCUUUGACCACAACUCCAACUGGAACCUCCUCAUCCGCUGGGGCAUCAGCUUCUGCAACCAGUCGGGCGUCUUUGACCAGGGCCCCCACUCGCCCAUCCUCCGCCUGUUCAGCACCAGCACUGACCCUUUCCAGAAGGCCCUGAGAGGAGAGGAGAAACGCCGGAAGAAAGAGGAGAAGCGGAAAGAGAUCCGAAAAGGCCCUCGGAUCUCAAGAUCCCAGUCCGAGUUAUAGCCCUGGAGCAGCCCAGGGCUCAAGGGACCAGGAGGAGGCCAGUUGGGAGGAAGAGGAGAAUGCAGCGGUAUGACUGGUGGUGAGAGCUGGCCCCUGUGAGAGGGGAGGCCGAGUUUGCUCAGCCCCCUGGAGCCGGCUCUGAGCCCCAGCUGAAGGGACUGGGCCGCAGAGGGCUGCAUUUCUCCCCAGGGACCUUCCUGGAGGGGUGCCAAGGGAGCCUUCAGAGGGCGCUGCAGACCUAACCCUGUAGAGACGCUGGGGGGAGCAGGAGGGAUCCUGGGCUGAACUCUCCCGCUGGGUUAGGACCGCUGGCUGGCUGGCUGCUGCCCUUCCUGGCGAGGCAGCAGAGCUAGGCUCUGAGCCAUGUGUGGAGGUGUCAUGCCUGCUGCUGGCCCCACUGUGUCACCGAGUUGCCUGGCACAGUUGUCCCCUGCAGAGACAAUAAAAGCCAGCAAAUGCUCUGGGCUAGCAGGUUGGUUUGGGCCCCAGGGAGCCUCUCCAUGGGGCAGGUGAGAGGGGCCUGGGUCGGGGGAUAGGGGGCCCUCAGAUGUAGAGACCACCUUAGAGGAUAUUCCUCCUCCUCAGAGGAGCCUCAAGCCCUGGCGGGGCAGCAAAGCAGGGGCUUGGCUUUGACCUCCAGUUCCCUUCUCAGCACUGUCAUGGACAAGGGAUCAGUGUUGAGAAGGGACCAGAAGUAUCCUGGGAGGGUGUUUAGCCCAAGACAGCCUUGGAGCAGCGUGAUCUCUGUCCUCAGAUAUCCAGGGAAGUCAUUGAGCAGGCUCGGGGAAGAAUCAACUUGUCCUCUCUGGCAGCGCAGGGAGACCAUAGCCUGCGGGUGGGGGCUCUUGGGGGGCAGGCUGCAGCUCUGCAGGAGGCUGUGCUUUGAAAUGGUAGGGCUACUCCAAGCUGGAUUGAUCAGAUAGCAAGCUCCCUGUGUCAGGAGGUGUGUAAGAAAAGACCAGGGCCAUGGAGCAGGGAAGCUGCAGAGGGAGUUAGGCCCUGAGUGGGCUGCCGCCCUUGUCAUAUCCCUUCCAGGCAGAGAAGGGAGGGGCUCUGGGGGGAAUUCUAGCUCUGUCUCUUUGACUUUGCCAAGCCAGGGGAGAGACACACAACUAUCCCCAACCCUCUACCACUAACAGUGCCCAAGGGAGACCCAGGGUCUUAGCCCAUCAGACUUGCGGAGUGACCCUGGCCCACCCCUUCCCUGUGCUGUGGCUUCAUUGGUGUAAUGAAUUUGAUAAUGUCUGAACCGUCUGGCCAGCCCUAAACUGCUUCUCUGAGGUUGGGGCCUGGCUUCUCAGUGACAAGAGCCCUUCUCUGAUGGUUCUUUGGUCAUCCCGUAGAUUUGCUGAGCACCCACUAUAUGCACAGCCAAAGAGAGGAGCCCAGUCUUAACUUGUGUUCACCUCUGUCCCAUUUAGCAUCUUUAUCCUCCUGGGUUCUUCCUUCUAUACCUUCACUUCUCACCAUCUUGGUUGAUCCCUUCCUCUCCACCCUCCAGUGGGCCCAAGUUUUCCCAUCUGACACCUUCAAAGGUACAAACAGAACCACUCUGCUCUCUUCCCCGGGCAGCUCCAGAGUGGGAGGCACUGUGCCCAUUUACCUGACCUCCUGGUACUCAGGUAGCCCUCUGCAGAGGGUUACUGAGGCUCUGGGAUGGGAAGGCAUUGGACCAAAGUGAAAGUGAGUCAUAUGGUAUGCCAGCAGACAGUCACUCCCCACUGUGGGGAGCCCUGUGAGAGCCACUGAAUGGUGGAGUUGCAGGUGGCACUGUCCAGCUCAAUGCCUAGUCCAGAGCAGGGCAGCAGGGUUUGGUUUUCUGUUUCAGGGUGAGACUAGUAUAAUCUAUACCAACCCUCCUGCAUGUAAACAAUGAAAAGGACUUUCUUGUCUUUUUUCCCCCCAAAUAAGGUACUUUAUUUAUUAUGUUAUAUAUGUUAAUUAUAAAAAGUAAUUUAAGUAAUACUGAAAUACCAAGAAAAAAGUAAAAUUCACCCUAAAUCCCACCAUUCCCAUAACCAUCACUGACACUCAGCUCUUGGGCCUUCCAUCCUUUUUGUCCUUCAUGUGAUACACAGAUCACGUGUAACUUCAGUUACACUAGCUACCUUGUAUGGGCACUGUGUGUCAGUACUUAUUCCAGGUGCUGGCUUGCAUCAGCUCCUUCUGCCUCAGGGCCUUUGUGUGUGUUGUGUGUUCCCCUAGCUAUGCCAGAUGCAGUUCUCUCCUCAUAAUUUUAGGUUUUGUCUUAAAUAUCAGUGCCUGUUUUCUUCAUCAGACUGGAAGCUCUCAGAGGGCAGGAACUGUCUCUCUGCCUGCCACAGAAAUGUUCAAUAAAUAUUGUCAAAUGAGUGUA